GCGAGGACGAACACUUUCGAAUUGACUUGAUCAUGCGCUGUUCCUCCGUUGUGGUUUGCUUGGCCGCCUUUGCCGCGUCUGGUGUUGUUGCCGCCGACGAUGAAUUGUGCUUUACCACGAAGCAGUGUGUACUCUUGAACGGCACCAAGUGCGAUCGGUCGAUCAAUCCUGCCAACUGCCCCUACUGCCUCAAGUUUAACGGAGGCGACAUGCCGCUGUGCACGAACCCGACCUUUGACGGUUGUGCAAAAGGGGUCCUCUGCGAAAGCGCCAAGUCAACGAGAGUGCCCACCACGACGUCGACAAAACCAACCACGACAUCUGCCACCAGCAAGCCGUCCCCCACUUCCACAACCAACGAGCCAGUAACGGGAGAUCCCACCGAAGCUCCGACCGAUGCCCCCACGGUGGCCCCCACGACGACCACCGCCUCGACAACGACAAGCGCGCCAACCACCACCGUUGCGUCUCCUGCCAGUUCCAUGGCGAUUUCUGCACUGUGCUCUGUCCUUGUCGUUGCUGUGUCUUGUUUGUUGUAAUUUCAUCGCAUCCGUUAAACAAAUUUUGUCCCCUUGUUCAUGCUUCAUUCCUGGAGGACCAGCCGUCAUACAUAGAAGAGAACCCCCGGAAAAAGCCGACAUGGUUUCAUCGUGAAAUGCAU